GUAGUCUAGCUAAUGGAGACAUUUAAAAGUGUCCCGUAAGAGACAUAGUAGACACAUCAUUUCGCUACAGCAAUACAAACCGCAUAUCUCCAGACACGCAGGUCUCGCGUACCGUGCGUGAUCCGAUAGAGAGAGGACGCGCGUAGAGGGAUCGAGGGAAGAAGGAGAGAGGACGAGAGGACACCGAGAUCUUUCUCCUUGUCUGAUGAACGAACCUAUUCGAAAAGUAUGAGAGGAACCGCCUAGAUUUAGACCACUCGUCACUCUACAUUUCGUAUGUUGUUGAGGGGAGGGUGGGGAAAAAAAGCAUGAUCCUAUCCUAGACCUACACCAACGUAAAUCUGUAUCGCUGCGCUGGCAACUGUGGAAAACAGGACAGCGAGCAAGAGACUGAGAUAAACAACAUACAACAUAGGAAAGCAGCCAACUGCCUAAAACCAAAAUAAAGCAACUUCUGGGAAGGAACCGGAGACCAGCGCGGGAAGGACUCAUAACAGAUCGUUGGAAUAGCAUCUCGAAUAACGGCAGGUAUGGAGUUCCUAAACGACUCCUUGGUCGGUGGAUCAGACCUGGACCUUUUCCACUUCUACAACGACUCUCUGCUUUUCCAGAACAACUUCAGUAUUGGCAACAACGAGACCUACGCCUUCCUCCCCACCGGCAUCAAGAUCACCAUCGUUGUGGUCUACAUGAUGGUCUGCGUGGUGGGGCUGGUGGGUAACUGUCUGGUCAUGUACGUUAUCAUCAGGUACACCAAGAUGAAGACAGCCACCAACAUCUACAUAUUUAACCUGGCUCUGGCUGACUUCCUGGUCCUCGCUACCUUACCCUUCCAGGGAACAGACGUUUUCCUGGGCUUCUGGCCGUUCGGCAACGCCCUCUGCAAGGCCGUGGUCUCCAUCGACUACUACAACAUGUUCACCAGCACCUUUACUCUGACCGUGAUGAGCAUGGAUCGCUACGUGGCCGUGUGCCAUCCGGUCAAGGCCCUGGACAUGAGGACGCCCCACAAGGCCAAGGUGGUCAACAUCUGCGUGUGGGUCCUGGCGUCGGCGAUAGGGGUACCGGCCAUGGUGUUGGGAGAUGUGGAGGUGGAGGUCGAACAUAACAGUAUAGAGUGUAACAUAGUCCUCCCAGACCCCCGUAGCUACUGGGACCCGGUGUUCGGCACCUGCGUCUUCCUCUUUUCCUUCCUCAUCCCGGUUACCAUCAUCAGUGUCUGCUACAGCCUGAUGGUCAAUCGCCUUCGCAGCGUCCGGAUCCUGUCCGGCUCCAAGGAGAAGGACCGUAACCUUCGCCGCAUCACUCGCAUGGUCCUGGUCGUAGUGGCAGCCUUCGUGGUCUGCUGGACCCCCAUCCAGAUCAUGGCUCUGGCCCAGUUGUUAGGCUUCAACCUGGGGAGCCUCCUCACCAUGGCCCUGAUGCACUUCUGUAUCGCGCUGGGCUACGUCAACAGCAGUCUCAACCCAGUCCUCUACGCCUUCCUGGACGAGAACUUCAAGAGGUGCUUCAGGGAGUUCUGCCACCCUGGUCCGUUCCGCCUGGACAGCCGGCAGCAGUCUGGUCGGAUGAGGAGCAUCGCCCGGGAAGUUGCCUACAACUGCAAAACGGCGGACGGGAAUACAAACCCCGCAUGACUAGGCGUGGAGCUGCCUCUGGUCUGCCAGGAGCCCCAGAACAAUCACCACCAAGGGACAGGGAACUCCAACACAGAGCUCACGCAGAUCACUACCCUCUAGCAGCGCGUCGGCCCCCUGGGCUGGGGCCGAACGGGGACGGGCCAGGGCAGGGGCAGAGCCUGGGGGCCAGAGGUAGCCCGGGGCAGGGGCAGAGCCUGGGGGCCAGAGGUAGCCCGGGGCAGGGGCAGAGCCUGGGGGCCAGAGGUAGCCCGUGGCAGGGGCAAUGUGCGAAUGGCCUGGUUGGUGUCUGACCCGGAUCUGUGCCGGAGCGAACAGCAGGGUCAUGUAUUCUAACAUACUUUCUACUCGGGACUAAGGGGCUCUACUUCUCUAUGUCUUUGGUAAACAUGGAUGUCAUUUUGUCAUAUUUUAGUUGAUUGAUCAUUUUUGGGGCCAAUUAAAGCUUAGAGUUUAGGUCUGUGACUUUAGGUCUGUGUGCUUCAAGGACGAUUUCCCGGAAAAGUCGCCAGUGUUUUGUUUUUGCGCACGUUUCUCUCCACUCUGAUUGGUUGAUUAAUGAUGUUGUUGUCAUUUUUUUCCUAUUGUUGUACAGAUGUUUUAUUUUGGUCUUUUUCUAUGCUGUAAGUAAUUACUGUAAGUGGAGGUUUCUUUGUGUAUUUCUGUUUUAUUUUGUUGGUGAGGAACAACUUAUCCUAGUCCAUGGCCUUAGAUACAAAGUCUGUUAUAAAUGCUAUCCACCAUCCUGGAUAGAGCGUGUUAGUCAUUGAUGGUGCUUUACUGUUUUGUUUUCUAUCACCUUGCAGGUGUAGGAACGGGCAACACAUCAGUAACAGAGACUUGCUUGCUUGAAGCCUUUAUUCAUUGUCACCGAUGAAAUAAUCAUUGAGAUGAUGAUGCUGCCUGAGGUUUCCGCAUAUACAGAUUUUUGGCUUUGUCAUCCUGUAAAGAAAAGGAAAAAAAGAAGCAACAAUAUUUUGUAUUACACAAUGUGUUUUGGAGCAGCACAGUCUUAAAAGUAAGAUUUUACUUAAAAAAGGAAAAACA